AUGUGCGGUCCUGUAUUUUCCGCCAUCUUGACGGUGACUUUCAGCGGGUCGGUCCAGUUGCAGCUCAGCCGUCAGAGCGGAACCAUAAAGAGCAUCUAAAUAAACUGAAAUAAACUUUGAGCCCGCUUCCUUCUGGACCGACACGCUUCUGUUCGGGUCAACGAGCUUCACGGGACGCCGGCAGAUCUCGGCUGAUGUGUCGGACUCGCUGUAACUUGUUAUUUAUAGCUGCAGACUUCAGCUUCAGGAUUUAGAAGAAUGGCAAAGCAGCACAGAAGAUUUGAGUUGAACUGAGAGGAGCAGGAGGAGCAGGAGGAGCAGGAGGAGGAGCAGGAGGAGGAGCAGCAGGUUCAUGAUGGAGCGCGCUCACACCCUCCUGCUGAACGAGGAGGCGUGCAGUGAGCUGAGUGAACAUCAGAGGGCGGAGUUUGUCUUUGAAUGGCUGAACCACCUGAAGAAGCUGCUUCCUGCCACCGACAGGGCCGACAUCAAACAGAACCAGCGGCGUCUGAGCGACCAGCUGUCAGGUGUUCUGGUUGGCUCCCCGGGCCCACCGACCCGCUGGCUGCUGGCCCACUGCUUGGCCCUGCUCUAUCGCCUGGGAGACACCGUCCCUUCCAGCCUAUUGGUGGACAGGUGCAAUGACAUCAUCCGCAGCAAAGACGACUCCCCGUCAGGCCUCCCGACCCGCCUGGCAGCCGUUGCGUGUCUCGGCGCUCUGUUCGAGCAGCUCGGUCGGAUGCUCGUCGGCUGUUUCAAAGAGACGCUCGCCAACCUGCUGAAGGCCAUGAAGAGCGCCGAGUCUCAGGGCCGAUAUGAGAUCAUGUUGAGCCUGGAGAAGAUCCUCAGAGGUUUGGGUGUCAGCGCUGUGCAGUGUCACCGUGAUGUCUAUAAGGCGGCGAGAACGUGUCUGACGGACCGAUCGAUGGCGGUCCGCUGUGCCGCCGCCAAGUGUUUGCUGGAGCUGCAGAGGGAGGCGGCGUUCCUGUGGAGCAGCGAGUUGGAGAACGUGGCCACGCUGUGCUUCAGAGCCUUUGAAGGGUCCAACUACACCGUCAGGGUGUCGGUCUCCAAACUGCUGGGAACUCUGCUGGCUGCUGCUGUGGAGCCCAGACAGAACACCGCAGCCCCCAGACAGAGUGGGCGUGGUCGGAGCUCCCUGGAGGAGGUGAUGGAUUUGUUGUCUGGGGGCUUCCUGCGGGGCGGGGCUGGUUUCCUCCGAGCCAGCGGGGACAUGCUGAAGGGGACGAGCUCGGUCAGCAAGGACGUCCGAAUCGGCGUCACACAGGCCUGUGUGGUCUUGGUCUCCACCCUGGGCAGCUCCUGGUUGGAGGCCAACCUCCCGGCCUUCCUGUCCCUGCUGAUGGAGUUGGCAUCCCACGGCAGGGCCACGCAGACGCCGGGCGACGCCGCAGUGACCCGCCGCUGCGUCUCUUUCAUUUUGAGGAGCACCCUGGGGUCUCUGCUGGGGGAGAAGGCUCAGACCAACGCCGCCAAACAGCUGUGCCUCGUCGUGUCUGCACAGAAACGAGCCAUCGAUGCAGCUCUGACUGAUGGGAACGUAGAGACCAGAGUUUCGUCUGCAGACGUAUCAGCCUCUCAGCACGUGUUGGUCUGCUGCCUGCUGGAACUGGGAGCGCUGGUACGGGGACUGGGCUCCACCGCCGCCCCCCUCCUCACCGACAGCAGCACAGCCCUCCUUGACACAGUCGUCUCCGUCCUCCUCCACCCGGUCGCCUCGGCCCGACUGGCUGCUGCCUGGUGCCUUCGCUGUGUGGCCAUGGCGAUGCCGUCCCAAGGUUCCUUGCUGCUGGACCGCUGUGUGGAGCGGCUGGUGGCGCUGAAGUCUUCUCCUGAAGCCGUGGCCGGGUACGGAGCCGCCGUCGCCGCCCUGGUGGCUUCAGUGCAGCACUGCCCCCUGGGAAUACCACACACCAAAGGCAUGGUGGUGCUGAGUCUGGCUGAAGACCUGCUGCGUUCAGCCUCUCAGAACAGUCGCAUCUCUCUGCAGAGGACUCAGGCCGGCUGGCUGCUCGUCUCCUCGCUCAUCACUUUAGGCCCAGCUGUAGUGGAGCACCACCUGUCCCGCCUCCUCCUCCUGUGGCGGUGUGUGUUUCCUGCUUCACUCAGGGAGCAGGAGAUGGAGCUGCGGCGAGGGGACUACUUUACGUGGCAGGUUACUCUGGAGGGACGAGCCGGGGCGCUCUGCGCGAUGAAGAACCUCCUGCUGCACUGCAGGGAGCUCGUCACGGAUGACAUCAUCAGCCGCCUGCUCACGCCAUUGGCCUGCGCCGUGGCACUGCUCACCAAGUUGCCGGCUCUGGUCCGAUCCUACAGCAGCUCAGUUCGUAGCUUUUCAGUCGUGUACAGACUGAGAGUCUACGAGCUGCUCGCUCUGCUGCCGCCACACAACUACCAAGAGAGUUUUGGUUUGGUGAUGAACCAGCUGGUGACGGAUCUUUCGGGCCAGGACAACCUGAACCACCCGUGUUCGGAGCUCACCCUGCUGCCGCCUCUCUGUCACCAUGACGACCUGCAGCUGGUCGGCGCCGCGCUCCACGACACCGACCACAGAUACAUCGAGGAACAGCUCCACGGCAGCAGUGUGGGUGGAGGCUCUCUGGACAACGACGCCUUCAGUCUGUGUGAGCGGAGAGAUGAAGCUCCCGCUCCUCUUCCUCCUCCUGUCGCUCUCACCGCCGCUGCCGUCUGCCUCUUCGGGUCGCUCUACCCUCACGUCAUCUCGGCUCAGAGAGUGAAGAUCUUGGAGCAGUUUGUAGAAACUGUGAACCAGCUGAAGGGUCAACGGCAGCAGAGCGUCCAGACACACGUCUGUGCUGCCCUCUGCAGUCUGCUCAAGCACCAGGGUGGUAUUCGGGGCUCUCUGGGUCCGGAGGAGGUGCGUUCCCCGGCGUUGUCCCUCCUGAUGGGGGCGCUGGAGAGCAGCAGUCCUCUGCUGCGCUGUCUGGCUGCAGAAGGUCUGGCCCGGCUGGUUCAGGUGGUCGGUGAUCCGGGCUUCACCGUCUCCGUCUCUCUGCUCUGCUUCGACAGGAUGAAGACGGCUCGGGACGCAGCCUCUCGCAGUGGCUACGCUCUGGCUCUGGGGGCGCUGUACCGCUACACCGGAGGAAUCAGCUCACCUCAACACCUGUCCACCUGUCUGGGAGUCCUUUUCACCCUGAGCCAGGACAGCACCUCACCUGAGGUUCAGACCUGGUCUCUCCACAGUCUGUCUCUGGUGGUCGACCUGUCCGGAGGGUUGUACCGCGCUCACGCCGAGCCGUCCUUCACUCUGGUGCUCCGCCUGCUGCUGUCGGCUCCACCCACCCACCCCGAGGUGCACCACAGCCUGGGACGCUGCCUGCACGGCCUCAUCACCUGCCUGGGCCCUGACCUGCAAGGUGAGGGUGCAGCGGUGUCCGCUCUGCGCUCCAGCUGUCUGGUUGGAUGUUCGGUGAUGCAGGCCGGUCCGGACUGUCUGGUUCAGGCCCGAUCCAUUUCCUGUCUGCAGCAGCUCCACAUGUUCUCACCGCCACACGUCAACCUGGCCAGCCUCGUUCCUGCACUCUGUGAGAUCUUGUUGGAUUAUUCCCUGUUGGCCAACCUGUGCAGCUCCUACCUGAGCCUGCGUCGGGCCGUGGUGGCGUGUCUGCGGCAGCUCGUGCAGCGUGAAGCUCUGGAGGUUUCUGAACACGCCGUGACGCUGGUGAAAGAGCUGCCGAGACGAGACAACACACAGCUGGACGUCACCAUUAAGGAGGUGGGUCUGGAAGGAGCCCUGUUCACUCUGCUGGACCGGGAGUCAGAUCCAGGUCUGAGGAGGGACAUCCAGGAGACUCUGGUCCACAUGAUGGCGUCCAGCGCCACCAGCGGGAAGCUGGGACACUGGCUCAAACUCUGCAAGGACGUCCUGUCUGCAACCACCGACUCUCUGGCUCCAGUUGAGGCGAGUCAGGAGGACGAGGAGGCGGACCCCGCCAGAGACGACGACUCCUCUGCUUUCAGAGCUCGGUCAGAAUCCAGCGGCCCGUUCACGGCCCUGCGCUGGGCCACACGCCGCUUUGCUAUGGAGUGUGUGUGUCGCAUCAUCGCUCAGUGUGGCACUUCAGACCCGGCCCACUUCGACAUGGUUCUGGCUCAGGAGCGACGCCUACAUGAGUCCACAGACUUCCUGGUCCUCCACCUUGGUGACCUGGUCCGCAUGGCGUUCAUGGCGGCGACAGACCACAGCGACCAGCUGCGGCUGGCAGGUCUCCAGACGCUGCUGGUGAUCAUCAGACGCUUCUCAGCCAUCCCAGAACCGGAGUUCCCGGGUCAUGUGAUCCUGGAGCAGUACCAGGCAAACGUCGGAGCUGCUCUCAGACCAGCUUUCACUGCUGAUGCUUCUCCUGACAUCACGGCUAAGGCCUGCCAGGUGUGCAGUGCCUGGAUUGCCAGCGGUGUGGUCAGCGACCUGCGAGACCUGCGGCGCGUCCAUCAGCUUCUGGCCUCCUCAUUGGCUAAAGUCCAGGCUGGGAGGGACACGUCCAGCCAGCUGUACAACGAGGCCACUGCUACCAUGGAAACACUGGCCGUCCUGAAGGCCUGGGCUGAGGUUUACAUUGUCGCCGUUCAGAGGAGCAGACAGAAGGAGAGCCCCGGCAGCAUGGCCGACACGUCACUCUCCUCUCCAGCCAAUGACAGCUCAGGCUCUGAGUCAGGAGGGGCGGGCCUUCUGAAGUUGGUCCAAUCAGAUCUGUCGACGCUGAGCCGGCUUUGGUUGGCGGCGCUGCAGGACUACGCCCUGCUGACCCUCCCACAGGAGUACGCAUCACAGCUACCUACAACAGGAGGUUCUUUCUACACAGCAGAGACCUUGAACCAGGCCAGAGCUCAUUACUCCUCCUCCUGGGCUCCUAUCCUCCACGCCACCUCCCUCUGGCUCCACAGCACCGGUUUUGUGAUGGCAGACGACACACCUGCCAGCCUGUCCAGACCGGCCACGCCCACCUCCAUGGGACACACUGGCUCCGUGGGCGGAGCCAAGAGUCCCGAGGAUAUCAGCUCCGACAGACUGCAUCUCAUACUGGGGAUCAGCAUCGAGUUUCUGUGUUCUCCGCACUCCGAGGAUCAGAUGGAGAACAUCACUUCCUGUCUGCGAGCUCUGCAGGCGCUGCUGGACGUCGCCUGGCCCCGAGCCAAGAUCGGAAAUGACCAGGCGCUGAGUGUGGAGCUGCUGAGCGUCCUCCACAGGCUGAUGGUGACCAGAGAGUCGGUGCCGGUCCAGCUCGCCGUGUUGGAUUUACUGAGACAGAUUGUGACGGCGGCUCAGGAGCACGUCAGGGAGAAACGCCACAGUGCCGAGGUGGAUGACGGUGCGGCAGAGAAGGAGACGCUGCCAGAGUUCGGUGAGGGUCGGGACACCGGCGGUUUGAUUCCUGGGCGCUCGCUCGUGUUCGGAGCGCUGGAGCUCUGCCUCUGUGUUCUGGUCCGGAAACUCCCACAGCUCAGCCCCAAACUGGCCGGAACCAGUCCAACUGGUCCUGGAGGAUCAGUCUGGAGUCUGACGGACAGCGACUGUCAGCUGGUGUCGUCGGCUGUGUUCGUCCUCUCUGAGCUGCCGUCCGUCUGCUCACCUGAAGGCAGCGUCUCCAUCCUCCCCACGGUCCUCUACCUGCUGCUGGGAGUCCUCCGAGAGCUGGUCCACCUGCCCAGCACACACACAGGUGACACACACACAGGUGCCCCGGCAGCUGGCUUAGCAGGUGGCGCUGGUCUGAGUUCGGUGGUCCAGGCGGUUCUUCAGGCCCUGAAGUCAGUCGUGACGUCUCCGAUGAGUCGACAGGAGAAGAGCCGAGGAGCCUGGAACCUGCUGCUGAGAUCCGCUCUGAACACUCUGCUGGGCCUCUGGGACGCCGCAGACGGUGCUGUGGACCGGGUCAGCCUGCUCACAGUGCUCACUGUCUUCCUGCUGUCUGCCGGUCCGGACGUCUGCGCUGUCGAGCCGCUGCACACGCUCUGUCUGCAGCGCUUCACCGCCAGCAUGGACGCCAAAGAUCCGCAGGUUGUGAGUCGCUGUUAUCAGCUGUUGACGUCGGUGUUUCAGGCUCCGCCCAGCGUGGCCGUCCCGUACAUCCAAGCACUCGGACCGCCGCUGGUUCGCUUCCUGCAGACGGUGGAGAGGAGUCGACCUCAGAGUCAGGAGGAGCUGACGGGAGUCCUGGAGGGAGUCCGAGCCCUGGAGGCCGUGGUCCAGGCUGCAGACGAGACGCAGCGUCCUCAGCUGGUCGCCGUCUUGUUGCCCCUCCUCAUCUCUUUCCUUUUGGAUGAAAACGCCCUUGGCUCCGCCCCCGCCAUGUCCCGCUCUCUCCAUGAGGCGGCGCUCAAAGACCUGAUGCGUCUCGGCCCGCAGCACUCCGCCAUCUUCAGGUCCCUCAUCGCAUCGUCUCCUCACCUGAAGUCUCGCCUGGAAGCCGCCGUCAAAGGAAACCAGGAGAGUCUGAACGCCAAAGCUAGCAGUGCUAAUGCCGCCGCCCGCAGCGCGGCCAAGUCCUCUCCCAGCAUCAGACUCAAAACCAACUUCCUGUGAAAGACGCAACGCCACACGUUAGCGUCACUGACGUGCUGCGUUCACUGUCCUCUGAGACAAAUGGUACAGAAUCUGAGCACGCUGUCGUGUUGGAAGGAUGACAUCAUUUUAUGUCAUCAUCCAACAUGGUAGUGUGUUUCUCUGAGAGGACGCUCGAGCGAUCUCUGCAUGUCACUGAAUCACAUGAGUUAUUGAUCGUUUGAUUAUUGAAGGAUCAGUUCUGCUGAUUUAUAUCUUCACCCUUCAGUUUUAGAUUUGCCUCUGUACAGGAAGUCACUGCUGUCAGUUCAUCUCUAUCAAAAUAAGAGGAGGAGUCUUUGACUUCUGGAAUAUGAGAUAGCAAUAUGAGAAUUUUAAAGGAGCAUUAUGUAGUUUUGGGGGGGAGAAGAUCUUGAAAUAAACGACACAGUUUAUACUGUUUUACUGUGUUUGUAUGUGGCGGACCCUGCCACCUCUCUGGCUUCAAACAGUGUUCUGGGACCUUAUUUUCCUCAGAACAGCUGGUUUAUUCACUGAUGGGGAAAAGUUUGUAUUAUUACCUCAUUGAUAUUGUAAAUAUUACAUAGUGCUCCUUUAAUCAUCAUCAGUGUCAGCUGCUCAUAAUUACGUCUCAUGUUUGAGUGUCCUUGAACGCAUCGCAGAAGAGACUUGUUUUACCACCUGUGAUAAAAGUCCAUGUGACAGAUUUGUAAAGGGGGCAGCACAUCACAGCUGCUAACUGCAGCUGCUGUUAGCUAGUUAGCUCGGUUAGCGGUCUGGACUGGCAGCUCAGAGCACCACAGGAGUGUGAGGCUGCAUCCAAACGUCCGGACUUCAUCACACUUGCUGACUUUGCGAGUCUUGGGGGCUGUGGACUUUCAGAGUACACUUGGGUGCAGACUUCCCGGGACAUACUGAUUUAAUUACCCACAAUUCAUUGUGAUGCAGGCGUGAGGUUGUUGAGCUUGUUAUGAAUGUGUAAUACAGUUACUUUACUUGAACUGUGUGGGCCAGAAAUAAUAUCCAACCUCAUCAUGAUACAGAAACAUGUAGACGUGAAGGUUGUAGAGGGAAGAAGACUGAUGUCAUUUCUGUCUUUAGGGCUUCUGUCCGCUGUAUAUUUACCUCGUGGUCUCACACACUCGCAGACUUGACGUGAUGACAGUGAACACGUCACGGUACGUACGACUGAAGCCAGCCAGAGCUCAGACCAGCAGUCUGAGGUUUGGGGGUUUGGACGCAGCUUCUGUGUUUACAUCACUAGCACGAGAGCUUCUGACCGGACAGGUCAGGGCUAGCCAGUUAGCAUGCAUCAUUUUUAAAUGUUUUCAACUGAAAAUCUUACAUAUUGCACCUUCAAGAUGAUCAAUCAAUCUAUUGAAUAGCUUGACACAAUUCAAACAGGAUCAAAACAUUAUUUUUCUCACCUGUAUUAAGGUGUUGUGACAUCAUCUCUAUAAUCAUGUCCAACAUGUAGCAGUGUACAUAGUCUCAUAUCACAGUACUGAUGUAUCGAUACGUCACCCAGCCUGAUUUAAACAGACUCAAAGUAAAAUGUUUGGUUUCAUCAUCAGAUGAGACGCAGAGCAGCAGUUUGAUCCGGUCUGUCAGUGGAAGGGAAAACUCAGUCACUUUUAUUUAGGAUAACUGUGUGUACCUGAUGGAUUAAAUGUAGGAGAACAAUCUGAAUAAGCUGUGUCACUAACAACAAGCGGAGGUCAGAGGUCACGGCGAUGCAUCGUCUUCUGACCCCCGAGUGAGAGAAACUGAACGAGCGAUGAAGAGGAUUUUAUUUUUUUAGUAAAAUGUCAAUUUGUUGUGUUUUAACUUCAUCUGACAAAUGACACAAACACAACGUGAAGGCUGCGGUGGUUAGUGAUGGUACGGUGGCCUGUGAGGGACAAAGUGGUCAUCAGCACUUUAGUUUAACAACACUACACAUCAUGUUUGUCAGAGCGGGAACUUUCUCGUCUAAAUGUUAAUGUUCAUAUCUGAUCAUAAUCAAACACUAACGAGUCACCUGCUGCAGUCAGUGUUGACCAGGUGUUGACCAGGUGAGCUGUGUGCUUCCAGCUCCUCUCUGACAGGUGUGUGAGCUCACCUGGCUCGCAACUGUAGGAAUGAGUUAACAUGUUGUUUUCUAACAGCAGCCAGUGAAUAAAAACUUUUCUUCAUA